AUGGACCAACCCUGCGACACAGACCAAGGGGCUGUUGGGAAGACGGGAGAAGUAGAUGGAGCAAUGAAGAAUGUGGAUCAGGAAGGAGACGAUGGGGCCAGAGAGAGGGAAACGGAUGGAGCAGGGGAGAGUAGAGGGGAUGGGGCAGGAGAGGCAGAAGGGGAUGGUGCAGGUGAGAGUGGAGGGGAUCUGGAAGGAGAGGCGAAAGAGGGUGGCGCAGAGGGGAGCGGGGGUUGUAAGCAGGCUGCAGGUGCGACCAGUGCUGUCAAUCAGAAUGCGAAUCAGGUAAAAAUGGAUGGAUGCAAGAUGGUUGUCGAGACAGCAGGAGAGGAGGUUAAUGGUGGGAGUAACACUAGUGAUUAUCACCUUGUCUGUAUCUCUGGGGAAGUGGGUACUGGACAUACUGGAAACGGGAUGAAGUGGGCCAGAACAGGGAAUGAGCAAGUGGGGUUGGAGAGUGCCGUUGUGCCAUCCUUUGACCUCAACUGUAUGCCUCCUGGGAGUUGUGGUGAUGUCGACAGUUAUGGUGAUGGGUACGGUGGUGGUGGUGAUGGUGAUGGUGGUGGUGUUGGUGGUGAUGAUAGCUGCUUUGGCUUGCAUGAGGACUUGGAAGCACAGAAACUGGUCCAGAAGCAGCCACAGCCGCAGCAGCAGCAGCAGCAGCAGCAGCAGCAGCAGCAGCAGCAGCAGCAGCAGCAGCAGCAGCAGCAGCAGCAGCAGCAGCAGCAGCAGCAGCAGCAGCAGCAGCAGCAGCAGCAGCAGCAGCAGCAGCAGCAGCAGCCGCAGCAGGCGGUGAAUGGUGACACCACCCAAGCGACGUUAGCAGCACCUGCUGCCUCCCUGUUUGAAGCGUAUUUGAUCAUUCAAUCCGUUUUGGUGUGA